UUUAAGGAGCCUUGACGAUUUGCCGAUGUGAGUGGUCUGGUAUCGCUGCACUGCCCGUUCAACAUCGUGUAUCCUUGCACCACCGGAAGCCAAGCGCCACCUUAAGCCGUACAGAUCAAGCAGCCCAGGAGCAACUCACGCCAAUUCGGUUUCUCUCUGUCAUCAUUUCGUUUCAGCUACCCCUUUCUCCAAGACAUUUUGACCGUCUCUCUUGUAGUUGAUCUCCUCCUGUCUCCUCCCUCAUUUACUCCUCUCAAACAUGGCUUCCAAGCUCCUAAAUCACUGCCAUCUCCGAGCCCUAUGUUCUACACACGUUUUUUCUCCUCGCUUUCCCCACCCUACCAGAGCCACGCUGACCCUACUCCACUUUAGGCCCUUCUCGGAUGCCCCCUCUUCCCCACCGCCAGAGAAGCCUCAGUCCUACAAUAACACCCGAAACGACAUCGGGAUGGAGAAAAGUCCGACACAGACUCUGUCGUCUUUGAAAGAGCUCGAACUCGUAAAAUUCGCCUCCAUUGCCGAAACCUGGUGGGAUUCUGAAGGCCCGUUUAAACCAUUGCAUGUGAUGAAUCCUACAAGACUUGCAUUUAUACGCUCCACUCUUUGUCGACAUUUCAGGAAGGAUCCUAACAGUUCUAGGCCUUUUGAAGGACUAAAAAUAGUUGAUGUUGGUUGUGGAGGUGGCAUUCUCUCAGAGCCGUUGGCUAGAAUGGGAGCUGCCGUAACGGGAGUUGAUGCUGUGGAGAAAAAUAUCAAGAUUGCGCGUCUACAUGCUGAGUUGGAUCCUGUGACUUCAACUAUCGAAUACUGUUGCACAACAGCUGAAAGGCUGGUAGAGGAAGAAAGAAAGUUUGAUGCUGUGAUUUCUCUAGAAGUAAUUGAGCAUGUAGCAGAUCCUGCUGAAUUCUGCAAGUCUCUGGCAGCAUUAACUAUUCCUGAUGGAGCUACUGUGAUAUCAACAAUCAACCGUUCUAUGAGAGCAUAUGCAACUGCAAUUAUUGGAGCAGAGUACAUCCUCCAUUGGCUUCCUAAAGGCACACAUCAGUGGUCAAGUUUUCUAACUCCUGAAGAAUUAGUCCUGAUCCUUGAACGUGCCAAUAUCACUGUCAAAGAGAUGGCCGGAUUUGUGUACAACCCCUUCACGAGGAGAUGGUCUCUAUCUGACGAUAUUAGUGUGAAUUUCAUUUCUUUCGGUACAAAAAACGCCCAAUAAAUUAAUUUCAAUAGUUUGCUCGUUUUGUUUUGUUUGGGGUAUGGUUAGGGCUGAAUAAAAAUUCUGCCAUUAUGAGA